AUGGCUGGAUAUAUUGGAAAAAUUGAGCCAUAUGAUGAAAACAUAGAUUCCUGGAUUUCGUACGAGGAGAGACUUGUGCAAUACUUUUCGGCGAAUGACAUCGAAGACGGAAAACGAGUUUCUGUCCUUCUUACAUUGAUCGGAACAUUUGGCACCCAAACCGUUAGUUAUAUCGCUGAGAGAUUUAGAUUUCAUAAACCAAAUCAGGGUACAGGUGAAAGUGUGCAAGAUUACAUAGCUGUUUUACGGAAGUUAUCAGAGCACUGUGAUUUUGGUGAUACGCUAAAUGAUACCUUGAGGGACAGAUUUGUGUGCGGUUUGAGGGAAGCAAAUAUUCAAAAACGGUUGCUGUCAAAAACAGACUUGACAUUACAAAAAGCCAUCGAAGAAGCGGUAGCUAUGGAAACGUUAGCAAGAGAUGCGUCAGAAUUACGAACAUCGGCAGAACAAGUGCACAAGACUGCAAGAUUUCCGGUAAAGACAAAAAAGCCCGAAAAACCGAAACAGACUCCACCUUUGUUCGAUCCCUGUAAACAUUGUGGUAAAACAAACCACCAGGCAAACAAAUGUUAUUUUAAGAACAAAAAGUGCCACAUCUGUAAGAAAACGGGACAUCUGAAAAAUGUAUGCAAAUCAAACAAAGUGAAGUCAGUAAGUGAUGAGAAAUAUGACAUCAAUUAUGUUAAUUCGGUACGUGGUCGUUCAUCAAACAAAAUUUGGAUUACGCCGGAAAUUGACAAUAUUCCUGUAAAAAUGGAACUUGACACUGGCUCUGCUGUUACAUUGAUAUCCAAAGAGGAAUUCCAAAAAUUGUUUGGAAAUAAGGAUUUGGACAGACCAACGUCAAUAUUAAGGACGUAUCCAGGUGAAGAAAUCACACAAGCAGGGACAAAAUUAGUACGUGUCAAGGUAAAUGACCAAUCUAAAAUUUUGCGGAUUUGUGUCAUGAUGAUAAAUGAAAAAGGGCCAGCUUUAUUCGGAAGAGACUGGUUACAGCAAAUCCAGCUUGACUGGAAGAACAUUUUACAGGUAAAUACAAUUGACAAUAAUAAAUUAAAGAGUCGCUUGAAGGAAAUACUAGAUGGACACCGCUCAGUAUUUUUCGAGGGCAUCGGAAAAGUUAAGGGCAUGCAGGCAAGUUCAUCGCUCAAAGAAAGUACAACUUCAAAGUUCGUCAAAGCAAGACCAGUUCCAUACAUACUGAAGCCGAAAAUCGAGAAAGAACUUGAAAAUCUCGAACAACAGGGAAUUAUUUCGAAAGUAAAUAACAGUGACUGGGCAACUCCAAUUGUUCCUGUAGUAAAACCAAACGGAAACGUGAGAAUAUGUGGUGACUUUAAUGUUACUGUAAACCAAGCGCUUAAAGUAGACAAAUAUCCUCUCCCAAGAAUUGAAGAUAUUUUCGCAAAUUUAUCUUCAGGGCAAAAAUUUACGAAACUGGAUUUACGACAAGCCUAUCUCCAUCUGUAA